ACCAACUGCACCCAUUUCUCCUGAGUCCGAUCCCGCGGAUUACGAACCCAGUCUAGAUUGACCUCCCGUUACCGCCGGCGGGAGCAAAAUCUAGCCCCGCCUCCUAUGCCACGUCACUAUUUUAACGACUCUUCAGCAUCGUCUCCGACGAGCUACGACGUGCAGUUCAUGAUUGCUGAUCGCCAUGCGUGAAGAGGUCAGCUGGAAGUCUUCAAAAACGGAGUUGAUUGAAGAGAACAGAGAAAAAAUUGAUACAGGUCCAGUUGUGCUAACUUCUCUGACUCUUUCUAUGUGCUUGAAUAGAAGAUUCCGUUAAGGCCUGCAUAUCGAGGCUUCUUGCCGCAAUUAUCUAUCCUUUUCUUGAGCUAAUAUAUUGCCGUAUUUGGACUACAUGCUGUUCCAUUUGUUUUUAUAUUUUUAUUUCUCUCUUUAUGUCUGAUUUUGUAAUAUUAUCAAGUUUUAUUUCUUCCCUGCUUUUGAGGAAUUUUAAGCGUGAUGGAUGAUCAUGGAAGUUUGGCUGUCAAGUUCAAAAUUUAAGGAGCGUUUUCUCCAAAGAAAAAAAAUAACUUUGUGAGAUUUUAUUUUGAUUGGUUCCUUUUCUUCAGUGAAUUACUGGACAUUUCCGCGAAUCUGGAACGAACAGCUUUCUGAGUGCUGAGUUUGACUGGUUGCAGAGUAAAAUCGAAGUUUCCAAUUUUGAAGGGCAUAUUAUGUAUAGAUAUCAAACAUUCUUUUAUCUUGAUCAAUUCUUAUUCUUAUAGAUUACCUGAGCAUGUCAGUGAGUCGGGAACGAACUAUCAUCUGAGGUUGACUGGCUGCAGAGCAAAGUCUAGAGAAUGCUGGACAAAGAUUUCUUCACUGAGUAUGGAGAGGCAAGUCGGUAUGAAAUUCAAGAAGUUGUCGGAAAGGGCAGCUAUGGUGUUGUUGCAUCUGCAAUUGAUACAUACAGUGGAGACAGGGUUGCUAUCAAGAAGAUGAACAAUGUGUUUGAACAUGUCUCUAGUGCCACUCGCAUUCUUCGGGAAAUAGAGCUCCUUCGGCUGCUCAAACAUCCAGAUAUAGUAGAAAUAAAGCACAUAAUGCUUCCUCCAUGUCAAAGAGAAUUUGAAGACAUUUAUGUGGUAUUUGAGUUAAUGGAAUCUGAUCUUCAUGAAGUUAUUGAAGCCAACCAUGAUCUCACUCCUGGACAUUACCAAUUCUUCUUGUAUCAGCUUCUUCGAGCUCUAAAAUACAUACAUUCAGCGAAUGUCUUCCAUCGAGACUUGAAACCAAAAAACAUUCUGGCUAAUGCAGACUGCAAACUAAAGAUUUGUGAUUUUGGGCUUGCCCGUGCAUCAUUUGAUGAGGCCCCAUCUGCUAUUUUUUGGACAGAUUAUGUUGCGACUCGAUGGUAUCGUGCUCCAGAACUAUGUGGCUCUUUUUUCUCCAAGUACACCCCUGCCAUAGAUAUCUGGAGCAUAGGAUGUAUUUUUGCGGAGAUGCUAACUGGGGAGCCUUUGUUUCCCGGAAAGAAUAUACGGAAUGAAAAAGCUAGAACAUAUUUAAAUAGCAUGGGGAGAAAGCCAUCCAUUCCUUUAUCAGAAAAAUUUCCUCAUGCAGACCCAAUGGCUCUUCGUUUACUUCAGCGCUUGCUUGCGUUCGAUCCUACUGAGCGUCCUUCUGCUGAAGAGGCACUUGCCGAUCCCUAUUUUUAUGGUUUGGCAAAUUUGGCUGAUGAACCAUCCAUGAAACCAAUUUCGAAGUUUGAGUUCGAGUUUGAAAGAAGAAAAUUGACUAAAGAUGAUAUAAGAGAACUAAUAUAUAGAGAGAUUUUAGAAUAUCAUCCAGAGAUGCUGCAGGAGUAUGCUCAUGGUGCAGGGAAGAUUAGCUUUAUGUAUCCCAGUGGACUUGAUGGCUUCAAGCACCGAUUUGCUGAUCUUGAGGAAAAUAAUAGCAGAAGGGAAAGAAGCACACUGCUAUAUAGGAAAUAUGCCUCAUUGCCCAGGGAGCGGGUAUGCGCAGCUGAGGAAGAGGAGGAGGAGGAGGAGGAGGAGGAGGAAACGAACAGAAAUUCGCUCAAGAAGGAGAAUGCAGCUUCUGUUGUGCGUGCAAGCAUUCUGAGUCCUCCAGGGUCCCGGAAUGGUAAAAAAAUGGAAGAUGCUCGCGGAAACUCAUUAAUAAUGCAGAACAACCGAUGCAAAACAGCUUAUAAGGGCCAUAGACUUGUAAAGAGUGCUAGUCUGAAUAAUUCUAUGUGGGCAGUUGUCAUGGAUCCAAAACCAGGAAGUAAAUUUUAAGAGUACCCUGCUGACAUCAACUGCCAUCUCUGGAUCACGGACACAAUUUCAAGGACCAGACCCUGCCCCUGCCCCUGCCCCGAGACGCUACCAUGUGAGACAUGGGCAAUUCAUAAAAUUUGGGUGGGUGGGGGGGGGGGGGAUGGACUUGAAUAUUUUUAUUAUCGUUCUUGUACAGGCGUGAAUACGUUUAAAUUAAGCCAACUAGACGUGAAUACAUUUAAAUAAUAGUAUCGAAAGUGACUAUUCUUCACAGAGUGACAAA